UUUGACAGCGAUUACGACCUAACAACCCCCUUGUAUGUAUGUAUCAUGACCAUUUUUUCUUUUUUUCGGGGGGACCCCUUUCUCGGUGUGGAAGCAACUGGCGUUUUCCCUUGGGGUUCAAAGAGGGGGGAGGUUUGCUAUGUCCCUCUCCCUUUCUUGUCUUUCUUAUCUCCUUUCCUCCUUUUCCCCCCUUAUCCCCCGUGCUGCCUUUGUCUGGAUUUGGCAACCGAUACCUCAUAUCGUUCCUCGGAAUUGGGAAGGGCGGAAGGGUAAAGGGAUAGGCGUUUUCCCUUAUUCUUCCUUUUCUUAUUAUUUGUUCUGGGUGUAUUUCCUGGUACUUGCAGGACGUGGUUGGAUGAUAUCCCCCAAGCUAUUAAAAAAAACGAUCACCAUUUACAAACGAGGCAGCCACUCUCUCUUAUUGUUCUUCUUAAUUUUUUGGGGGGGAUGGCUGCUCAUGGUGACAGAGAUGGCGGUGACCUUUAACGCCUACCUAGCUAGUUGUUUAUUCAUUUCCCGUUUCUCUUUCGUCUGCGAUAGUCGCGGGCGAGGGGGGCGGACGUAAUGGACAGAUAUGAAUACUUAUAUUGAUGGAGCCG